AUGUCCAACUAUGACCGCUUCCUCCUUCUCAACUCUUUUUCUAGGUUACGCGAUCAGACACAAAUGGGUGCAUAUGUCUACCAAAGCACCAUGAAGCACUGCAAGAUGCCCAAAUCAGCAUUCUAUCAGCAAUGGAAGACGUCACUAAUGUCUUUGCCCCUCAACUGGAAAUGA